AUGAAGGGCACAUUCAUUCUCUCCGGUCUUUUGGCCUCCACAGUCUCUGCUCACAUGCAGUUGAGCAAGCCCUACCCCAUCCGCAGUCCCUUGAACAAGGACGCCAAGGGCGAGAAGGACUACUCAUAUACCAACCCUCUAUCAAGCUCCGGUAGUGACUACCCAUGCAAAGGCUACGCCAAGGAUGAAUUCAAUGCUGUCGAUACCUGGGCGCCGGGUUCAUCCCAGGAGAUGGAGCUCGAGGGCAGUGCCACCCAUAACGGUGGCUCAUGUCAGCUUUCCCUGACCUACGAUCAGGGUAAGACCUUCAAGGUCAUCCAGUCUGUUGAAGGAGACUGCCCCAUCGCCAAGAAGUACAAGUUUAAUAUUCCCUCCGAUGCCCCGACUGGUGAUGCCCUCUUUGCCUGGACCUGGUUCAACAAGGUCGGCAACCGCGAGAUGUACAUGAACUGUGCCAUGGUCAACAUCGGUGGCUCCGGUGGCCGUGCUGCCAAUAACACGAAUGGCUCCGAGGAGAAGGCCGUUCCCAAGAACAUGCCCGAGAUGGCUGCUGAUGGAAGUCCCGCUGACAAAAUUAAGUCAGCGGUCGCUAAGGCUAAGGCCAAGGGACAGACUAAGCCGAAGGAUCACACGAAACAAAGCAAGGCUGCCGAUACCAGCUACGACAGUCUCCCUGAAAUCUUCGUCGCCAACGUCGAUCAGGCUGGCAAGUGUGUCACCAUCGAGGGCGAGGCCGUCAACUUCCCCAAGCCCGGCCCCAACGUCCUCGGCCAGGCUGAUGGAAAGGGCUACAAGUGCUCUGGCACUGCUCCCUUCCUCGGCGAUGACGGGUCCAACACCACCAAGAACGCUACCAGCACCACUAAAAACAAGACCAGCACCACCAAGAACGCUACCAGCACCACCGAGGACGCUACCAGCGCCACCGAGGAUGCCACCAGCGCCGCCGAGGAUGCUACCAGCGCCGCCGAGGACGCUGCCAGCGCCACUGAGGACGCUACCAGCACCGACAAGAAGAUGUCCAAAAUUGCCUCUUCUUUCGGUACUUCCACUGCCACUGGUGGUGCCCGUACCCUCUCCACCGAGGCCUCCACCAACAACCAGUUCAGCGAUUACGUUGGCCAAUGGACUUGCACCUCCGGCGAGAUCCUCUGCUCUCCUGAUGGCAUGUCAUUCGCCUUGUGCAACUACGGCCGUCCGGUCUUCAUGGGCUCCGUUGCUGCUGGCACUUGGUGCCGCUGGGGUGCUAUCACUGCCAAACACUAA